AUGGGCAUCCCCCGGCUGUCCCAAGACCUCCAACCCUAUACGGAAUGCGUGGUCGUCGGCCAACGCAGCCAAACCACCACCACCACCAGCCAGGCCGCAGACACAGGCACACCUACCAAUGUCCAGUGCUUGAUCAUCGACGGUCCCUCGCUGGUGUACUUUGUGUACAACAAGCUGCUGGCACACAAGGGUCUCGACUCGACCACCACUGCAGUCCCGACAUACGAGGAGAUCAACCAAGCUUCUUGCCAUCUCCUGCAGCAACUGGCAGGCCACGGGGUGCACAUCCGAAACAUCUUCUUCGACGGAGGCCUGCCCGAGGCGAAGCGAGACGUGCGCCUCGGCCGCAUGGAACGACUCCGACAGCAGCUGGACGCCUACAGGAAGACACAUGCAGACUGGUUACCCAUCACCGAGUCUGUUUCUAUCUCUUCCUCUGCCUCUGCUCGGCCUGCAGCUGUCGAAAAAGCAUUGUGGAACCCGCCGGUCGCGUCGAGCAGGAAGCCAAUUCUACCGGCGCCGCCGUUCAUGGUGGCCAGUGUCAUCGACUGUUUGCGAGCCAGCCCGUGGAAGGACAGGGUGCAGACCGUGCCGGGCGAGGCCGACCUGUUCUGCGCGCUGGCUGCGAAGGAAUCCGGGGCGGCCAUCCUCACCAACGACUCUGACUUGGCUGUGCACGAUCUAGGCGCAGAAGGCCGCAUCGUGCUCCUGCAGUCCAUCGAGAAGGGCCACGUCCACGUCCACGAUAUGGCGACGAAGAACGGAGACGGAGACGGAGAUGGAGAUGGAGAUGGACAUUCAAGUACAGAUGCAGAUGCAGAUUCCGAUGCGGCCGUCAUCACUGCUUUGGCCCUGAACCCGAGCCAUAUGGCGCAAAGGCUGGCCGUCUCCUCUCUGCUCCGAUUCGGCUUCGAGAGAUCGAUCGACCCGAACCUGUCGGUUUCGCUGGUGAGGGAGAGAGCUCGAGAUGACUCGAGACUGGCCAAGUACCGUGCCGAAUAUGCCGUUUUUGCGGCAGAGUACCAGCCCCCUGGAGAGCCAGAGCCAUUGCCCGCCUUGCAAGCCCUUGACCCGCGCACCGCCGAACUGCUCGUUGACACAACAGACCCUCCGCACGUCUACCUGACUCCCCUCGUGGAGGAUCCUUCACGGGACUCUUCGUGGUCUUACGGUGCAGACGUGCGGCAACUGGCAUACUCGUUGCUCCCGAUAUGUACGAGCACGAGCACGAGCACCAGCAUGGGUGCGCUUCGCCGCCAUUGUUUCAAGACCGUGGUCGAAUAUGCGAGAAAGGGACAACGGAUCGCACCCACGAGAGUGACCGCUCUCGGCAGUCCACAGGCUCUGGACCGCCUGCAUGAAACGCUCCAGCUGUGUGACGAUUGCUUGCCGCCGUCGACAGAUCGCACUUCCAUCCUGUGCUGGUACAUGCUGGCUUUCCGAGUCAUUCACCAGCAGAAGGUUGACGCGGGCAAGACGGUUCCUCCGUCGUCGCAGGUUGCGCAGCUCUGGGGCCUCGCACCAUCAAAAUCAAAUUCAAGAUCACGAUCAUCGUCGGCCUGCAUCUCGUGGGACAAUGUCCAUCUUCUCGCCAACCUCCAUGCUGUUCUGUACUCGUUCCGCAUGCUCCAACAAAUCACUCGACACAUCCUAAGCCACUACAAGCAGACUGCAGAAUCAGGGUGUCGGGAUACCGGCAACCCCGAGCCGCAUGGGAACGACACGGACAAGGACAAGGACAAGGACGAUUUUAUCACAUUACUGCACCAGCUGUCUCGGAGACUCGACCCCAUGCCUGACAUCCAAGACCUCUUUCUGGAUAUCCCUCAUCUCCGCCGCCGAAUUGGCAGCCUGGACCUGGCAACUCGAGCCAAUACCGUGGUACAGCUGAAGCGUCUGCUCGACUCAGAGGAUGAGGCUCAGGCUAGCCAAAACACGACCACGACCACGACCACGAACACGACCUCGACCACCGCCACCUCGGCCUCUGCUCUCAAACAUGACCACUACGAGGAUUGGACCACGACCAAGCCGAACAAGAAGAAGCGCAAAACAGUCCAGCAGCCCAAGGCCGGGCCUGGGCCGUCGACACGAAGCGCCAACCCCUUUGACCUGUUAAUGGAAGAUUAG